AUGCACCCCGAGGCCGCGGAGCCCGCCGCGGACGGCGCUCAGGGGCCCGGCGAGGAGGGGCCCCGAGCGCAGGAAGCUGGUGCGGACAAGCCCAGACCGGACAAGCCCCGAGUGGAGGAGUCCGCGGGCGACCACCCGGACCAGGGCGUCCGCGGGGAAGGUGCUGAGCGCAGCAGGCCCGGGGACGAGGCCGGGGAUGUUAAUGACCCUAAGGAAGUAGGUGUGGGUUCUUCCGACACAGAGUUCCAGAGCCAGAACCAGCCCAGUGGUGACAGUGGAGCCGACGCUCACCUUGCACACACACGAGAUGACAGGGAUGAGCGGGGACCCAGAAUGACUAAGAAUUUCCUGCAAAAACUCUGCAAACAGCACAAGCUCUACCUGACACCUGCACUGAAUGACACUCUGUAUCUGCACUUCAAAGGCUUUGACCGCAUUGAGAACCUGGAAGAGUACACAGGCCUGCGCUGCCUCUGGCUGGAGUGUAACGGGAUACGGAAAAUCGAGAACCUGCAAGCCCAAACCGACCUGCGCUGCCUUUUCCUGCAUGUGAACCUGCUCAGCAAGAUCGAGAACCUGGAGUCCCUGCAGAAGCUGGACGCACUCAACCUCAGCAACAACCACAUCAAGACCAUCGAGAACCUCUCCUGCCUCCCCGUGCUGAACACACUGCAGAUGGCCCACAACCACCUGGAGACGGUGGACGACAUUCGUCACCUGAAGGACUGCAGGAAACUUUGUGUCCUCGACCUUUCCCACAACAGGCUGAGCGACCCGGAGAUCCUGAGCGUCCUCGAGACCAUGCCCAAUUUGCGCGUGCUGAACUUGAUGGGAAACACAGUCAUCCGACAGAUCCCUUACUACCGCAGGACCGUCACUAUCCGGCUGAAGCAGCUCACGUACCUGGAUGACAGACCCGUGUUUCCCAAGGACAGGGCUUGUGCCGAGGCCUGGGCCCGGGGUGGGCUAGCAGCCGAGAAGGAGGAAAGGCGGCAGUGGGAGACAAGGGAGCGCAAGAAGAUCCUGGACAGCCUGGAGGCCUUGGCCAUGAUCAAGCGCCGGUCUGAGGAGCGGCGAAGGGAGAAGGCAGGCCAGGAGAAAGGGGAGAAGCCACAGCCACAAGGUGCGGAGGGUGAGCCUGCCAGCGAGGAAGGGCCGCCUGUGCCCCCCGUGGAUGCAGAAACGCAGCGGAAAGUAGAGUUGUUCGUUAACGAAAGCUUUGAGGCCAAGGAUGAGCUGUUUCCAGAAAAGUCGGGUGGAGAAGAGGAGCUGCCCUUGGAGGCUAACAGAGAGAGAGAAGAGCCAGCCCAGGCCCUGGCCCCUGGGGGAGCUGCACCCCAAGAGUCCCCCAGCCCGGGGUCGGCGGCUGACGGCAGCUUAGCUGUGGCAUCUGGUGAGGAUUUAGAACCCGUGGCCCUGGAGACCAAGGAGAAGCUCUUCAUCGAUGAUCUGCCUGACUUGGAGGAUGUUGAUGGUACUGAUGCAUCUCUGGAGGAGCAGGAAUCUUGUCCAAAGAUCGAGGCCAUCUCAAGCUUGAGUGACGACGAUGCCGACAGUGACCCUGAGCUGAACCACACCCACACGGGUGCCCUGACCGGCAUCUUCACCCUCUCUAAGGACCCCUCCAAGAAGGCCCGGCAGCCUUUUGCGGGCAUAUUUAAGGAAGGGACAAGUGAGCAGACGCAAAGGCAGACCACAGCAGCCUUGGGGCCACUCAUUCAGGAGCUCAGUGACCCUGAGCCCGCAGGCCAGCUGCCCCUACCCUGCACGACAGACCCUGCACCUGCCCCUUCCCAAGAGGCUGGGGACAGUCACCCGCCAGGUGACAAAAUGGAAAAGCAUGAGGUAUGGUCUGUGGCAAAGCCCAGCAUGGAGACAGGCCGAGAGGACAUUGAGUUUGGCUUGGACUGAAGCCAAGGUGGCCCUCACCAUCAAACUGGCAGGGGCAGGGAGUGGGCACGGUCUACCCCUUCCUCCCACAGGGUGGCCACGGAGCCCACUCUGAAGGCUGGGCUGUGAGA